GCGUCUUGGACGCAAGAGCCUUUGCGUACAUGUGUUGAACACGAAUCUAAACCUUUGCUAAUAUCUGUAGCUUCCUUAGCAAAAUUGUGUUGAUGUUUGAUUUGAUUUGAAUCGGUUAAAGGAAAAUUGACAGGGGCGUUUCGCCAAAAUCGACCAGUGGGCACCGAGGAGCGUUAGCUGCUUAUGCUAAGUGCCAACGAUGAAGACCACGAACUCCAACAGCGUCAUGGGCAUGUUUGAAGAAGGAAAUGUGGUCAAGAUUUGUGCGCCCAUGGUUCGAUAUUCAAAGCUGGCUUUCAGGUCAUUGGUGAGGAAGUACAACUGUGACAUUUGCUUCACUCCAAUGAUAGUUGCGUCCGACUUUGUGCGAUCCGUCAAAGCAAGAGACAGUGAAUUCACCACAAAUGAGUGUGACAGACCCCUGAUUGUGCAGUUUGCUGCCCACAAUGCUCAGACUCUGGUUGAUGCAACGUGUGCAGUUGCACCGUUCUCUGAUGGAGUUGACCUUAACUGUGGAUGCCCCCAGAGAUGGGCCAUGUCCGCAGGAUAUGGCGCGUGCCUUAUCAACAACCCUGAACUGGUUAAAGACAUGGUCAGACAUGUCAGGAACCAAGUGGACAAUCCAAACUAUACAACAUCCAUCAAAAUAAGAAUUCACGACGACCUGAGGAAGACAGUUGAUCUGUGCCAGAAGGCUGAGUCAGCAGGUGUAUCGUGGAUAACAGUGCACGGUCGUACAUCGGAGGAGCGCCACCAGCCAGUACACUACGACGCCAUAAAGACAAUCAAAGACAGCGUGCCCAUUCCGGUCAUUGCCAACGGGGACAUAAAGUACCCAUGUGAUGUGGAGUCUGUUCACCAGCUCACUGGUGUUGAUGGUGUGAUGGCAGCGCGAGGGUUGCUCGCUAACCCGGCAUUGUUCGCAGGCCAUGAAGAAACACCUUUGGAGUGCAUAUGGGACUGGGUGGACAUUUCUGUACAGCAGGGCACUCCAUUUACUUGCUUCCACAAUCAUCUCAUCUACAUGCUUGAUAGGGUUAGCGCUCAGCCUGAGAGAAAAGUAUUCAAUUCUUUAUGUAGUACAUCAGCUGUAAUAGACUACCUCCAGAACACAUAUGGUUCAGCGCAUGAUUGGGGAAAGAUGACGUUGCAAUGGACUGCUGUGGCCUUCUUCCUUUAUAUGGAGAUAGGCAUACUUGUCAUCCUCUGUUUGCCCUUCAUUUCAGCUAAGAGAUGGCAGAGCGCUUUCAAUUUGAGAAUCUGGAGCCCGGUUGCCCGCUUUUGGAACAAAGUCUUUCUUACAAUGAUUAUCAUACUUAUUGUGCUUUUCCUUGACGCGGUCCGUGAGGUGAGGAAGUACUCCGUUAAAGAUCUCGGCAGAGAUGCCAAGCUGCUGCCCAACAUGCAUGACCACAUGCACAUGAAGCUUUUCCGGGGCCAGCGGAACCUUUACAUCUCUGGCUUUGCUGUCUUCCUCUGGCUGGUUAUGAAGCGAGUGGUCACCCUGAUAAACCAACUGGCUUCCGUGUCCGGGACCACUGCUGCUCUGCAGGCACAGGCUGAAAAUGCUAACAAAGCUGCCAAAAAGUACUUGGAGGACAACGAGCUGCUGAAGGAGGCUCUGAUGGAGGGGACAGGAGACAAAGCAACUGCAGAGGGUAUGGAGCUGUUGAGGAAAGAGGUGGAGAAACUGAAAGAUGACCUGAAGACUUCAGAAGACGCACUGAAGAAGUCCGAGAGCGAUGCAGAUGGGUUGAAGAAACAGACGGAUGGUCUUGCCAGGGAGUACGACAGACUGCUUAAAGAACAUCAAGAGCUUCAGAAUAUUCAAAGUCCUGUAAACAAAAAGGAAGACUAAACUUUGGAACAAGUUCUCCACGCAACUCCUUGUGAACAGUGCAAACGAUACUUGAAGUACACACACGCUUUUGAAUAGAGCCGAUUUUUUUGUUUUUUUUUACAAUUAUUUUGGGGGGGGGGGUCUCCUGGCGCCUUACGCUCGCUUUCCUGUUUCUGCCUGGCACUGUGUGACUAAGAGGGUUAAUGCUCGAGUCAAUGCUCUUUAUUUUUCUUUGGGACUGCUAUGGAGAAUCUCAGCAUGGUUUUCAGGGGGGGGGGCCGUUGAGCUUUCUUUCAGUUUAGUCAUUCUCUGUAAUGAUCAUUUUUCUUUUGUAUAUUUUUAAAUCUCCUCAUGGCUCAUUCCCUUACACCCGAACUCCAUCACUAGUGAAAAGUUGCUGCUCUCACAAGUUUGUUUAUUUAGAUGCCGCAGGCACGGGCUGUCAAAUCAUUCUGUCACAGUUGUUGUUUUGUUUUUGUAUGUACUUUAAUUUUAGCGGUGAAGCAUUGUGGUAGCGAUUCCCAACAUCAAGCAAUUCCCCCAUUUUGGUCAUGUCUUAAUUUGAGUGUGUCCACGUAAAAUAUGGAAGAGGUAACAUGUGGGUCAAUUAGGGGGUCAUGUGGGUCAAUUUUUGGGGGUGUUAUGGUGACAGAGUGUGAGUUUUACUGUGUUGGAAAUGUUUGUUCUAAAGGUUUGUUUCCCAAAUGCACCAAUGUUUCACUUAAUCUAUAGGAGAUGUGCUAUACGGGUAUGGAUUGACACAUGUAAACCAAACGUGCCUGUCAGGAAGAUGUGGAAUGUUUAUUUUGUAUUAUUAUUUUUUUAAUCCUGCAUUUUAAACAAUACACCCCAAGACAUUUUUGGAUUGGGUAUUAAAAGUUUUAUUACUUGUAAGGUACAUUUCUUUUUGGACAUUUUUACAAAAAUAAUCCUUAAAAAUUAUAUACAUUCUUAUCACUUUGUUGCCGCUCUUAUGUAUGUACUCAACACUUUUGUCUGAUACAGCUGAAUUCAAAGACAGUAACCACGAUACAGUUGAACCUACAGUAUACAGUAUAUCCUCAAUUGGGAUAAAGUCUUACAAAACAAUAUUCUCUACAUUUAUGAGGACAUUUUAUUUACAUAUUCUGAAUGUACAAUAGCUUAGUGUAUUAGUUUGUUUUUCCCCCCCAAAAAAUGAAAAAUAAUAAACACCUGAGAAAAAUCA